CACUAUAUUCAAGGAAACUGUUGUACGGCUAGUGUCUCGUCUCAGAAGUUCAUUGUACUUUGAAGCAUCAUGCCGCCAAAGGCUAGUGGAAAAGCUGUGAAGAAGGCUGGAAAGGCUCAGAAGAAUAUUAGUAAGACUGACAAAAAGAAGAAGCGCAAGAGGAAGGAGAGUUACGCUAUCUACAUCUACAAAGUAUUGAAGCAAGUACAUCCUGAUACUGGAAUUUCGAGCAAAGCCAUGAGUAUCAUGAACAGCUUUGUCAACGACAUCUUUGAACGCAUUGCUGCUGAGGCUUCUCGUUUGGCGCACUACAACAAGCGAUCAACUAUUACAUCUCGAGAAGUACAGACUGCAGUCAGGCUAUUGCUUCCUGGUGAAUUAGCCAAGCAUGCUGUCAGUGAGGGAACCAAAGCAGUCACUAAAUAUACCAGUUCCAAGUGAAGAUCCAAUCUAUAUCUACCCGGAUUAUACAAAAACGGUCCUUUUCAGGGCCAUCAAA